AUGGCGUCAUCAACUAGGUUUCACAAAGAUGCCCAUGCCAUCACUAUCCAUCCAGGGGAAAGUGUAAUGACAGGAUUUCCUUUACAAGCUCAAAGCUCUCUGCUGGAUUACCUGAAUGGAGAGCCACAAGUCUUGGGGACCACCCAGAUCCUGCUCGGUCUGAUCAUGGCAAGCCUCGGAAUUAUAUUUGCUUUUAACCUACUCACAUUCCUCCAAAGCUCUCCUUUCGUGUUCACCACAGGAUUUCCAUUCUGGGGAGCGCUCAUUUUUGUGGUGACAGGAUACUUCACAAGUACAAAGAAGUCACAAAACUAUCAGUAUACACAUGCCAGGAUGAUAAACGGCUUCUGUUCUCUGAUUGCCUUAAUUGGCAUUAUCCUCACAAUUAUGAGCUUUCGAGACCAACACCUGUUCUGCCAGAAGCCUUCCAUUGAAGGAAUAUGCAUUCUAGGGAGAGUAUUUUUGACGGGAAUUUUAUCUGUCAUCCUGAUUAUCUGUAUAGUAGAGUUCAGCAUCUCUUUAACCGUGGUAACCUUAAGAAACCAGUCUUGGACACGAGCAAAUGAGAUUAUGUUUUUAUUGCCUUCAGAUAUCACUGAAAAAAGUGAAAGGCCUUCUCCAGCAGGAAAAACCCACCUACAAGAUGAGCCUCCAACAGAGUCUGCCCAUAAAACAGCAAAUGCAAAUGCAUUCUCACAAUUUAAACUGCCAAAAAUCGAAGGGCCCCUUAUUCCUACAACACACGCUUUGUUCUUCCAAGACCCACUGCCCCAAAUCAUGCCAGUCCCCAGUCAACAAUAUGAAGGCCGCACCCUGGCAUACCAAGACAUGCCAACCCAAGGAAGUUCUGAGCGAGCUCUAACAGCCCUUGAGGGAGAGUCCUCAAAUGAACAAGUUAAAGAUGUAAAAUACCAAGACAUUAGAUCAGAAGUCAUCCUACUGACUCAGGAAUGGAAUACUGAGGGGAAAUCGUAUGACAAAUCUUCAAAACGUCAUUCCCUAGAUCUCCAAAGCCAAAGCAAAGGUUUGCAAUUCCCAAAGAGGAGAUCCCUAGACCUGCAGGGCCAGAAGGCUCCAAGGCGGAAGUCCAUAGACGAGCGAAUCAAAAGCUGGUUUUCCCCAAUGCGGAAAUCGGUAGACCAGCAAAGAAAAUUGUCAAAAUCUUCAAGGAAGAAAAGCUUAGCCUUGCAAACCACAGAGAAGGAAAGGACAACUGAAGACCAACAGGUCCAAGAUGGGAAAUUCCCAAAUAGACAAGAUGACGGUCAUCAAUUCCCAGCAGAACAAGAUACACGUCAGCAAGCUGAUGAGGAAAAAUCUCCGAAGGGAAAAUACAAAGAUCGGCCCCUCAAAGGACGGAAAGCUCAAGAGAAGAGUGUUCCCAAGGCUCAGUACAAACAAGCCCAGGAAUCUCAACUCUGGCAACCCCCCAGAAUGCAAUUUGCAGUACAGGAAACCCAAGGCUGGCGCUUUACCUACCAGCAAGGCUAUGACUGGGUAACUCAAGGCUGGAGAAACAAAGAUUGGAAAGCACAAGAAUGGCAAUUUGAAACGCAGAACUCUCGAAACUGGCAAUCCCAAGAUCUCUUGGAGAGAGAAGCCCUGAAGCAGAGAGCUUUAUACCAAGACACCCAAACCCAGCACUUCCAACGUAACCUAGAUCACCAAUUACCAGAGGGCGUAAUUGAAGAUAUUCAGGAUCAAGUUCAGGCCCAAGAAGACCUUCCAGCUGAAGUUACACCGAAAGAGGAUACGCAAGGGGACAGUAUGCAAACAGAAGACAUCAAAUCAGGGUACGUGGAAUCCAGAGGCCAAAAUUCAGAGGACUUAAAAUCAGAAAACAUGGGGUCAAAUGCUCCCUCUUCCUCCUCUGUUUCCGAUUUAAAUUCAGAACAAGAUGUGCAAGUCAACACUUCGAUAAGUUCAACUUCAUGCAAGGAAGAUACGACUUCAGGGUCUAGCCUGUGUUACCUAAAGCAAUCAGAAGACUCUGACUAG